GCCGCUCCGGACGUUUCGUGCGUCAGUGACAGCAGCUCAGCUGCUACGGAACCGGAGGCAGCGUGCUGUUGCUCGGCUCGUCGAGAGAUCAGUCAGCUGAAAGAAGAAGGAAAAAAGAGAAAUGUUGAGAAUUACGAUCCGGGCGGACGUGGGAGCCCUUUGGGUGUUUUUCUGCAUCACCUAUUCCCAGUUCUUGACCGUGUCCUCGGAUGACAUUGUGGUGGCGUGCGGGGGCUUCGUGAAGUCCGACGUUGAGAUCAACUACUCACUGAUCGAGAUCAAACUUUACACCAAACAAGGCUCCUUGAAAUAUCAGACUGAUUGUGCUCCGAUCAAUGGCUACUUCAUGAUCCCUCUCUAUGACAAGGGAGACUUUGUUUUGAAGAUUGAGCCCCCUCUGGGAUGGAGCUUUGAGCCCACUAGCGUUGAGCUCCACGUGGAUGGAGUGACUGACAUCUGUACGAAAGAAGAGGACAUCAACUUUGUUUUUAAUGGCUUUUCAGUCUCCGGAGCGGUUCUGAGUAAAGGCCAUCUCCUGGGUCCAGCUGGUGUAGAAGUCAAACUCACCCGAGUGGGGACAGAGGAGAGACUUCAGACGGUGGUCACGCAGCCCGGAGGAAAGUAUACCUUUUCAAAGGUACUACCUGGAAGUUAUGACAUCACAGCUGCCCAUCCCUCCUGGACCCUGGAGCAGAGCACCACCUCAGUGCUGGUUUCCAAUUCCAACGCCCCGGCCGCCGACCAUCUGGUGGUCGGGGGCUACGACGUCUCGGGGGAGGUGCGCAGUGAUGGCGAGCCCAUGAAGGAGGUCACCUUCCUACUGUACUCGGCCACAGUCAAGAAAGAGGACGUCGGGGUCUGUAACACUUCUCCAGUGGUAGGGGCAGAUCCUGGGGACGGCUCCCUGGUCUACCUGUGCAGCGCUCUCUCCAGGGAAGAUGGGACCUUCACCUUCCCCUCACUGGCCAGCGGCGAAUACACCGUGGUUCCCUUCUACCGAGGGGAGAGAAUAACAUUCGAUGUCGCUCCUUCAAGGAUGAAUUUCAAGGUGGAACACAACAGUUUGAAACUGGAGCCCAUCUUCCGCGUCAUGGGCUUCUCUGUGACGGGCCGAGUUCUCAACAGUGUCGGUGGGGAAGGAGUCGCUGACGCCACAGUGUCCCUCAACAACCAGAUCAAAGUCCUCAGCAAGGAGGACGGCUCUUUCCGGUUGGAGAACAUGACGGCCGGUACGUACACCAUCCGGGUCAGCAAGGAGCUCAUGCUCUUUGAGUCGGUCACAGUGAAGAUCGCCCCCAGCACACCACAACUCCCCGACAUCAUCACAGCUGGGUUCAGCGUGUGUGGGCAGAUCUCCAUCAGCCGGCUGCCCGAAGGCAUGAAGCAGCAGGGCCGCUUCAAGAUCACUCUGACGCAGCGAGGACAGGAAAAGGCCUCCAGCAGGACCGUCGACUCUGAUCCUCAGGGGGCCUUCUGCUUUCAGGCCAAACCCGGAGAGUACAGUGUCCAUGUGUCGCUCCCCGAGCUGGAGGUGAAGGCCGGCCUUGCUCUGCAGCCUCAAGCCCUGGAGGUCUCCGUUGUGGACCAGCCCCUCACCGACCUGCUCUUCACCCAAUUCAUGGCUUCUGUCUCUGGGAAAGUCUACUGCUUAGCGUCCUGUGAUGACCUGUCGGUGACCCUGCAGCCGGUGAGUCGGCAGGGAGAGAGGAGGACGGUGGCUCUGUCUGGCAGCAGUGACAUCCUCAGCUUCUCCUUUGACGAUGUCUUACCGGGGAAAUACAAAGUGAGUAUUCCUCAUGAGGAGUGGUGCUGGAAGCACAAGUCUAUGGAAGUGGAGGUUCUGGACUCUGAUGUUUUGGGGGUGGAGUUCAGACAGAUCGGCUACAUCCUGCGCUGCUCCCUCUCCCAUGCCAUUACUUUGGAGUUUUUCCAAGACGGCAGCCAACCCGAGAACGUCGGCGUGUACAACCUCUCUAAGGGAGUCAACCGCUUCUGCCUCUCCAAGCCUGGUGUUUACAAAGUCACCCCUCGCUCCUGUCACCAGUUUGAGCAGGAUUUCUACACCUACGAUACCUCGGCCCCCAGCAUCCUGGUGCUGACCGCGGUGCGGCAUCACAUGACUGGGCUCAUCACCACCGACCAGAUGCUAGACGUCACAGUCACCAUCAAAUCGUCUAUUGAGAGUGAGCCGGCGCUGGUGCUUGGUCCCCUACGGAGCCUGGAGGAGACGAGGCAGGAGCAGCAGUUGCAAGAGAUUCAACUGCGGCGUCAGGAACGGGAGCGGCGCGCUGCUGAAGAAGACGCCGGCGCCAGAGACGACAGUCCUCCCAUCCAAGAGAAGGCCGAUGAACUGGCCGGCCCCUUCCACUAUGAGUUCUCCUACUGGGCCAGGGCUGGAGAGAAGAUCACCGUGACGCCCUCAUCCAAGGAACUACUCUUCUACCCGCCUGAGGUAGAGGCCACUAUUACCGGAGAGUCGUGUCCAGGUCGGCCCGUGGACAUCGCAGGUCGCGCUGGUCUCUUCCUGGAGGGAAAGGUGUCGCCGGAGCUACAGGGUGUUGAGAUCUCCAUCACUGAGAGAGGCGCUGCUGCGCCGCUCAUCACCGUGGCCACUAAUGAGAUGGGAGGAUACAGUGUGGGUCCGCUGCACAGCGACCGGCAGUACAACAUCAGCGCCAGCAAGGAGGGCUUCGUCCUCAGUCCUGUGGAGGGAACGCAGGGCGAUUUCAAGGCGUUCGCUCUCGCUGGUGUCACCUUCAAGAUUAAAUCGGAGGAUGGUCUUCCCCUAUCGGGUGUCCUCCUGUCUCUGAGUGGAGGACAGUUUCGAUCCAAUCUGUUGACUCAGGACACCGGCCUGCUAACUUUUAAUAACCUGAGUCCCGGCCAGUAUUACUUUAAACCCAUGAUGAAGGAGUUUCGCUUUGAGCCAGUGUCUCAGAUGAUCACCGUGGAGGAAGGUCAAAACCUCAGUAUUGACAUUGCUGGUAUUAAGACAGCUUACAGCUGCUACGGCGCUGUGCAGUCUCUGAGUGGGGACGCAGAGAGGGACGUGGCCGUGGAGGCGGUGGGGCAGGGGGAGUGUAGCCUCUACAGCGAGGACACCGUCACCGAUGAGGAGGGUCGCUUCAGACUCAGAGGCCUUUUGCCAAGUUGCAAAUAUGUAAUUCAGCUUCGAGCAGAAGGCAACGACCACAUAGAGAGGGCCUUACCACAGCACCGGCUUAUAGAGGUCGGAAGUAGUGACAUUGAAGGGGUCAACAUCAUCGCCUUCCGGCAAAUCAAUCAGUUUGACCUCAGUGGAAAUGUCCACACAUCCCCAGAACAUCUCGCAACACUAUCGGUGAAGCUUUACAAAAGUGACAAUCUAGACAACCCAAUCAACAGUGUCUCUCUGGCACAGUCCCUCUUCUUCAACUUCCCUCCUCUGGACAGAGAUGGAGAGAGCUACCUGCUGAUGCUGUACUCCACACUGUCCCGCUCCCAGUAUGACUUCACUCUGCCUCAGGUCACCUUCACCUCCAAUGGCUACCACAAGCACAUCACACUCACCUUCAACCCCACUCGUAAAGUGCCUGACCAGGAUGUGGCCCAGGGCUCCUACCUCGCUCUGCCCCUCACUCUGCUGCUCCUGUUAGCGGCGUACAACCACGAGAAGGUGAUUCCCCUCCUGUUACAGCUGGUGAACCGCAUCCAGGGAGUGAGGAGCAUGGCCCAGGCCAGCGGGGACAGCGCCGCUCUGGAUGAAGCCAAGCGUCAGGCCAAGAGACCGAAGGCCCGGCGCACAUGAGGACGCAUUCACGGCUCCCCUCAGACCCGGUACACUAAAUGGUAGACGCGGCACCGCGUGGGCAGUAGCUCCUCGAGGAGAUGCCGGUCCACUAAACCUCUCAAAGUCUGGAGUGGUUUGUGGCGGGUGCUACAGAACUAUUUAGUGCACUGAGAUGUUAUUUGGCCCAACACGAUCCACUCGGUGCGCAUCACCACCUCAGCUGACAUUUUACAGGUUUUUUUUUUUUUUUUUUAUAUAUUUGUUUUUUUUAGAACUCCAGAAUGGUCAUUGUUUCAGAACGUUAUUAAUAUUUGUGAUAAAAUAUGAGCCAUUUUUAUACCUUUGUAAUUUAUCUAGGUCAACUAAUAUCUUUUGCUUGUGUUUUAAAGGCACUUGUAUGCUUUUGAUAUCAGUUCUGACAUGAAUUUGGACUGUGAGGCAUAAUGGCUGAUCACCAGCAUUUGGACUCAAUUAAAAUACACAAAAAGCAAUCAUCAGAAAUGUGUGAAACAUCUAAAAACCUCCAACAUUGGAUGUUUAAAAAAUAUAUAGUUUCAUUAAAUUGAUUACUGGGAAAUCAAAUAUCAAUAUGACUUUAAGCUUGUUAAAUGAUCAGAAAUAUCUGUUUUGUAUUACCAGUUGCAUGAGAAAUUUGUAAAUGUUUGGAAAUAUUAUUUACUUUAAAACUUCAUUUGACAAGCUUCAAAUAUUUUUGACCUUUAUUUGACCCAGUAGCUUUGAUGGUGAAACUGAAGUAACUCCUAAAUGCCAUCGCAAAUGUGGGAUUGUGUAACUAAUAACUGCGAUUGAACGACUGCCAAAGCCGCGAGCAAAUAACUGCUUUAUAUCAUUGUCAAUCAUGUCACAUUAGUUAAAUGCAAAGACCCAUGAGUUACUGUUAUGCACUCCUCUUCUGAUGGUAUUUUAUGGUAUAUUUUAUAAGCUGUGGAGUGUGAUCAGCUUCAGCUCAGGAAUGUGGUGGAUGCUGGAUACUGUUUGAGGAGACAUUUUGUUUUUUUGCUGUGUGUGGCAGUUGGAGUUAAAGGAGAUAACCGAUAGUUGUUUAAUUUAUUAAUACGUCUAAUCAAAUGUGAAUGAUAACCUAGUUUGUAUGCUGGGGAAUAUCCUUCAGAAGUAUUCAUUUUUGAAAGAUAAAGUUUGAGAAGUUGGAUUCAAGAAGAAUGACAUCUGCUGAAAAAAUGAAUUUGAGUAUCUACAAAGGGUCUGUCAUGACCUUCAGUUAAACUUAAA